CCUUCCCUCCCUCCUCUCUCCUCCCCCAGUACUCCAUCACCACUUUUUUUCCUUUCUCAUUCCUUUCCUCUUCACAACCAUCUUCUCUUCUUUCUUUUCGAGUAAUCCUCCUUCUUUUCCUUUUCCUUUCUGUCGCUCUCUUAAUUCGAACACACACUCUUUUCAACCCUCUUCGCCUUCUUACAGCCACUUUCCGGUCCUCAUCACUCUUUCUGAGGAACCAUUACAUUCUUUUCGGCUUCAAAACUUCAUACGAUCUUUACACACUAUCCAACCAGACGACCUCGAUAAUCCGACCGUCCAACACUCUCUUUAUUACUCUUCAAUUCAUUGUCCAACUAGCUUGGAGAUCCAUCCAUUCAUUACAACAAUACUCGAUACAGUUGUCCGACCGCUUACCCCCCAGCUGGCCGCUCCUAUUCCAUCAGACACAUCGCUACAGCCACAUACCACGCGACGUGACCUGUAUUUUACCAUUACUCCUACCAACAGAAGAAACAUUUGGCUUUCUACCUGAUUUGGUGCCUUUGUUUAAACACGUUGUCUACGCAAGCUGCUUGCCGUAACUAGCAUUGACAGCUCUGAGUACGCGUUUUUAGUUGCAAUGGCUACCGAAGUUGAGCAGCCCAUGACUAUGGCCAUGGCCGCUCCGGCACCUCAAAUGUCCUCCAGCCCCAACUCAAGCAUGAUGCACAUGGCUGGUGGCAUGAUGCCCGCAAAGCAAACCCCAUCCCCCUCCGCCACGUCGAGCGCCAGCGUCCCUGGUGCCUCAACCGCCCCCAAGCGCCCUCCUCGCAAGAGUACACUCACCCAGCAGCAGAAGAACCAGAAGCGCCAGCGAGCUACCGCGGAUCAACUUUCUACGCUUGAGGUUGAAUUCAACAAGAACCCCACGCCCACUGCCGGUGUACGCGAGAAGAUUGCCGAGGAAAUCAACAUGACGGAACGAUCUGUUCAGAUUUGGUUCCAAAACAGACGUGCCAAGAUCAAGUUGCUCGCCAAGAAGAGUCUUGAAACUGGUGAAGAUAUUGAUUCCAUCCCCGAGUCUAUGCGUGCAUACCUUGCCAUGCAGGCCAUGGAAACUGGCAAAGGACUUAGUGGAGGCUACCUUGGCCGUAAUGGUUUGGCCCCCUUCGCUGCUGGCACCAUGCUUUUCGGCGAACAAGCUGCUCAGGGCAAAGUUUUGAUCCACCAUCUUACCUGCCGCUCUUUGAGCAUUGGCAAGUGGACCAGAAUUGGCCAAAGCAUGAUGGACCUCAUUGUCUUCUACUCGCCUGACAAGUGUACCAUGACCUACUACAUCAACAAUGACCAGGCCGGCUACAAGAUCGAGUACCCAUUCUCUUACAUCAAGAACAUCUACCUCGAGAAUCAGGAGGGAGACCCAACCAAGCAGGGCGGCAUUGUGAUUGAGUUGAACCGCGCCCCGUACUUCUUUAUGGACACAUCUACCCAGGCCAAUGGCUUCGGCCAGGUUGGCGAUUUCACCGAAGACUCGCAGGCUAGCAAGUGCCUGAUUCACCACCUCGGCGGCAACCCCAAGGUCCUGAGCGGCCAGCUUGCCAAGCUGAUUUCGCUUGAUCCCUUCAUGAACCGCCACAACCCCAUGGCUUUUGCUGACCCUCACACCGUGUCUGCUUCCGCCCCUGUCUCACCUGUGCCUAGACCCUCGUCGCAGCCCAACUUUGCCCAGAACCCGCCUGUCCUGCAAGAGCAGCAAUGGGGCAUGAACCAGAUGCACUCGGGCAGCAUGCGUCCUCCUCACGGACACAAGCGCCAACGUAGUCGCUCUGUUCCUGGCCCUAUUGACUUUGCUAUGUUCCAAAGCCAACCCAUGCCUUCGUUCUACAUCCAGCCUCCAGGCGACAUGGGACCUCCCCAGGCUCCCAAUGUCUACGCCCCUGUCCCGCAACAACCUAAUGCUCUGCCGCAGCAUCUUCGCAUUGACACACAGGCUGGCUUCGGACUAGACAUGCGCCAAUACCCAAUGUCUGCCGCUACUGCCUCUCCCGCCGAGUUCCCCGGCAGCCCUGGCGGCUUCCUUCCCCAAGGCUCUGAUCCCACCGGCAUGAUGACUCCCAACUACAAUGCUUCUUACGGAACCGCAUUCCUGUCGCCAAUGGUCAAUGCUGAUGGAACCAUGCCCACCUCCGUCUCGCCCAUCCCCUUCAACGGGAUCGGCGAGCCUUCGAUUGUUGAGCAGUCUCCUCCCAUGGGACUGAUGGCGCGCCCUGGCUCGGCCGGCAUGUACGCUGGCCAAGACGGAUCCUGCGCCGUAUCCGAGGAUGGCUCAGCCUUGAACGAGAUGUACUCUAAGCACUCUAUCAACCUGCCCAUGCACACAGCAUCGCCCGGAAGCUUCAUUCAAUCACAACAUGCCGAACUCGACAUGGAUCAGCUUGUCCAGUUUGACACUGUCGACCCUGCCAGCCUGUCGCCUGAGGGUCUUGCCCCUACACAGCAAUAGGCUCGCAAUUUGGUUUGCUUGUUGAUGCUUCUGCUUCCCUCUUUGGAAGGGAAGCAAAUACAAGGCACUGGGCAACAACAGUACUGGAUUACACACUUGUUGAUUCGAUUUUGUUUACAUUUCUUUUCCGUCACGGAGGCGUUGUUUCUGCCGGGCAUGGCACACAUUCACAUUAUACCAUUUGGCACUUGUUGGAACUCACGUUUACUCUUUCCCACUAUCUUUCCGUUAUUUUGUUUGGAUACAUCACAGCACUUUUUUUAUUCGGCCUCCUGUCGCAGGCACCUAAUUAAUGUUGCACUGCGGGCAACCGCAAGAGUGACGCGACACCAAGCAUUUUUCCUUUUCCUGUUUUGUGCUUGCUCUACAGCCAAGCCACAGCUAAUGAUUUUGCAUGACCCGAUCUCUCCUCUUUCUCGAGACUGAUGAUGGACCUGCCGGCGCUGCAUCUGCAUGCGACGACGGGGUCAGCUCGGAAAAGGUCUGGACCUUACACCAAAAAUGUGGCCGUCGAAGCACAACAGGGACAAUGGCGCAAGCAAAGUGACUUUUGCGUGCGGGGUCCUGCCAAUUGUCGCGGCCAUGUUGCCCCCCUCUCUCUUACUCUUGUUAUUAUUAUUACUUAUAAUUGGUGGUGAAACCGCGUCUAUUUUUUUGUUGGCUGCGCAACCUGUUUAUACUUGCUUGUUUUCUGGCUUGUUGCUUUGAACUGUUGCUCGUUGUCUGUUUUUUCUUUUUUUGGAUGCAGAAGAGGACCGGCCCAGGUGGCCGGGACGGGAGUGGUUGACUUGGGGUGAAUCAAAAGGAAUUCUAUCUCUGGAGCGGUGUUGUUUGAUUCUACAACCUCUUUUUACUUUACUUACGCCACUAGAUACUUUGGGAGGACAAAAUGUAUAUUGCCUCCUUGCUUUGGGUGGCGGCAGGAGUAAAAGGCAUCAGAUAGACGAAGAGAAUAGAAUCAGUCUUAAUUUGUACGAGCAGAACAGAACACAAAUGUGACGAAGAGAAGCAGGCAAUUGUGACAAGGGCAGACGUAGCACAACUGUCCUGCCUAUUUUGAUAGAAAGAGACUUUUUGGAUGCUUGUUGGCUAGAAACUAUUUGAUCUCUUGACCUUGUUAAGUGGGGACGAUGACAGUUUAACGGCCAGGGCCUUGGAAGUUCUAGACGCUGCGGGGAGAGGCUCUUUUUUUUCGGGGCUUUUUUUUCUCGCUUGGGGGAAGAUGGUUGGGAGCCAAGCAAACGGUCUAGCCGAGAGGGAAGACAAGCUUUUGGCGUAUUACUCGUAGGCUUGGGGAAGAGGCUGAGCUAGUGGUUAGCGUGCCCAGAAUGCGGUGCUGCUGUAACCACUGUCGAGAGGCCAUUUGGCCACGACGAGGGCAGUGGGACCGAAGCAGGCAAAAGGUGGCGUGGGCAAGGUCUAAAUCGGGCAAAGCCUAAAGCAGUGAGGCUGCUUGGGAUGCGACUGUGAUUGGUGUUCUUUUCAUUUCUGCGCAGUGGAAUAGCAUAGGGACGAAUUAAAGCUGCAGCGGACGUUUUAGCGUGCAGGAAUCAGCCACGGAAUUGGGUAAGACGAGAGAUGCCGUAGGACGUUGGACGGCAGAUGGAGCAAAACAUGCAAAGUGAGCCGGAAGAGAAAAGAGAGGCCAAGACAACAGAAUUAAGACCAGGCAAUUAAAAUAAAGACGAUAAAAGAAGGCUGUGCGGCUGGGCAUUGGAGGCUGUGAUGGUGCGAUACAACUUGACAGUAUAGAGAGAGUACUACCUACGCCCGCACUGACAGGGCUUAUGGGGGGCCCGUGGGCACGGGAGGCAUGCUGUUGACGUGCGCACGGUGCUGGGGCCAACUGCCAAAGAAAAAGAAGAAGUAUAAAGGUAUGAUGGAACAAAGGAGAUUAUCGUACGGAGGUUAAAAAUGAGGAAACAUGUUUGUAUUGUCUCGGUUCUAUCGGCAGCAAAAAGAAGGCUGGCGUCAGCAACACGAGAGAGCGACAGACGUUUUGGGCGGUGGUGUUGCGUGUCUACAGCGGUGUUGCUUCUUCUGGCGUAGUGGAGUGCAACGCUGGGCUGCUUGAGUCGAGCUGGCACUGCCUCGUGCUGGCGCUAGUGGGUCUAUAGCGCAAGGCGAGGCUAGAAUUUGGCACUAGCGAAAAAGGGCCUGGUCUGUUUGCCACUAGAACGCCGACGAGGCGCCGGGAAUGGCGAAAUAUUUGUAGAGAGUAGACAGAGGAAAAUUAAAAGGACAAAAAAAAUAAGAGCAAAAGAGAGAAGAGAAGAGAAGGGAGGG